ACGUCUAUUAUUGACGUUACAAGCGAAACAAGCCUCAGAUAUCAUAUAAUUUCUGGGUUUAUCCCUCCUUGCCGAUUUUUUUUCUACCAUUUCGGGCAUGAGAUUCAUGAGAAUAUUCGUAUCUUCUAACUGAAAGGAAAAAUAGAGUUGAUAACCCACAAAAAAGAAAUUUUGGAAUUUUUUGUGGGUUGUUCAGAACCAUGGAUGAAGGGUAUUAUAAUUCGAAGAAAACUGAUGACAUAGGUUUUUGUGACCAGCAGGGAUCUCAUGGUGCAUUAAGCAUAUCAAGGCUAAAGUGCAUGUCGCUAGGAUUGGACUUUAAGGUUGUGAUUUUUCUAUUUCUGGUUCUUCCAUUGAGCAUCUUAGGUGUGUACUUGCACGGUCAAAAAAUUUCAUACUUUUUCAGACCGCUCUGGGAUUCUCCUCCAAGGCCAUUCCACGAAAUCCCUCACUAUUACAACGAUGAUGUGUCGAUGGAGUCUCUAUGCAAGCUUCACGGAUGGGGGAUUCGCGAAUCCCCAAGGCGAGUUUUCGACGCAGUCUUGUUUAGCAAUGAAAUCGACAUGCUUACCAUUCGAUGGAACGAAAUGUAUCCCUAUAUCACACAGUUUGUACUCCUUGAAUCGAAUUCAACAUUUACAGGGCUAAUGAAGCCUCUGGUUUUUGCUCGAAAUAGGAGCAAGUUCAAGUUUGUUGAGCCUCGGCUGACAUACGGAGUAAUUGGAGGAAGAUUCAAGAAAAAAGAAAAUCCCUUCGUGGAAGAGGCGUAUCAAAGAGUUGCGCUCGAUCAGCUUCUAAGGAUAGCUGGCAUUGAAGAUGAUGAUCUCUUAAUCAUGUCAGAUGUUGAUGAGAUUCCCAGCGCUCACACAAUUAAUCUCUUGAGGUGGUGCGACGAUAUUCCUUCAGUUCUUCACCUUCAGUUAAGGAACUACCUCUACUCUUAUGAGUUCUUUGUGGACAACAAGAGUUGGAGAGCUUCCAUUCAUAGGUAUGUGCCUGGAAAGACCAGGUAUGCACACUAUAGACAGGGUGAGUUGUUGUUGUCGGAUGCAGGCUGGCAUUGCAGCUUCUGUUUUCGACAUAUCAGCGAAUUCAUAUUCAAGAUGAAGGCUUACAGCCAUACUGACCGGGUGCGCUUUUCUCGUUACUUGAGCCCUGAAAGGAUUCAGGAUAUUAUAUGCAGAGGGGCUGACUUGUUCGACAUGCUUCCCGAAGAGUACACGUUCAGGGAGAUCAUCGGGAAGAUGGGGCCGAUCCCUCAUUCCUACUCGGCCGUGCAUCUUCCGGCCUAUUUGUUGAACAAUGCAGAUAAGUACAAGUACUUGUUGCCUGGUAACUGCAUAAGAGAAUUUGGCUAAUUCAAUAUCACAACUUUAAUUUCCUUGUAUAUUGAUAGUGUAACACACAAAAAAGGAAGCUCUAAUUGAAUGAUGUAUAGUUAUUUUUCAUAUAGGUCAUUCUUUAGAGGAUAUUCGAUCAGAACAGAUCGAACAAGCUUGAAAAAAGAUAUAUAGUUCGACAGAAACCACUGUAUAUUUAACUUCAAAUACUUUCUC